UCAGUUACUUGGCGGCACUGCGAGUGUUCGAUUCGUUGACGUUUUUUUCCGCCGGUUGCUUAACGUUCCCUGCUCACCGUUCACUGUUCACCGAGUACCUACCACAUUAUAGUUCGUGUCCAAGAAUCUUGGUUUGUAAAAGAGACCGCCGCAAGUCAGUGUAUCCGUCGAAACUCAGUUUAACAACUGCAAGGUGGGCUACUCUUGACUCUCUAGCACACGAAUUCGUCAUCAUGAACGGUCCAAAACACAAGUUUUGCACAAAACUCUCCAGCACCUAUCUCAGAAAAUGGUGGAUUACGAUCGUUGUAGCAUCAGCGCUGAUAAUUGGCGGCAUUGUAGUGGCCUGUGAAUUCUCCGUACUGAUCAAUGCAGUGGUGGACCGUAUGGUGGCCCUGCGUCCCGGCGCUAAGACCUUUGGCUGGUGGGCUAAGCCACCGGUGGAGCCCAGAAUCAGCUUGUACAUUUACAAUGUAACCAAUGCGGACGACUUUCUCAGCAACGGCUCCAAGGCCAUUGUCGAUGAGGUAGGGCCGUACGUUUAUAGCGAAACCUGGGAAAAGGUUAACAUCGUGGAGAAUGACAAUGGUACACUGAGCUACAAUCUGCGCAAAAUUUACUCGUUCCGUGAAGAUCUAUCUGUGGGACCCGAAGACGACGUCGUUAUUGUGCCCAACAUUCCCAUGCUGAGUGCCACAUCGCAGAGCAAGCACGCGGCUCGAUUCCUUCGUUUGGCCAUGGCCAGCAUAAUGGACAUACUUAAGAUUAAACCGUUCGUCCAGGUGUCCGUGGGUCAGUUGCUCUGGGGCUAUGAGGACCCGCUGCUUAAGCUGGCAAAGGAUGUGGUGCCCAAGGAGCAGAAGCUGCCAUAUGAGGAGUUUGGCCUACUAUAUGGCAAAAAUGGCACGUCCUCCGACCGCGUCACUGUAAACACUGGCGUUGACGACAUUAAAAAAUACGGCAUUAUCGAUAACUUUAACGGCCGCACCCAUCUGCCCCACUGGACCACUGACGCAUGUAACACCUUGGCGGGAACAGAUGGCUCCAUUUUCCCGCCCCACAUCGACCACGACCGCAUCCUGUAUGUUUACGACAAGGAUCUAUGCCGCUUGCUGCCCUUGGUAUUUGAGAAGGAAGUGAUGACUUCAAACGAGGUGCCUGGAUUCCGCUUUACUCCCCCAGAGUGGGUUUUCGCAGACGUGGACAGCCAUCCGGACAACAUGUGUUUCUGCCCCGCAGGGAAGCCCUCAUGCUCUCCCAACGGACUCUUCAACGUUUCGCUGUGCCAAUACGAUUCUCCCAUCAUGCUAAGUUUCCCUCACUUCUAUCUGGCCGAUGACAGUCUGAGAACGCAAGUGGAUGGUAUUUCUCCACCCAUGAAGGAAAAACACCAGUUCUUCUUUGACGUCCAGCCUAAAAUGGGAACCACCCUUAGAGUGCGCGCCCGUAUUCAGAUCAACUUAGCCGUAAGCCAGGUCUUUGACAUUAAACAGGUUGCCAACUUCCCGGACAUUAUCUUUCCCAUCCUGUGGUUCGAGGAAGGGAUAGACAACCUGCCCGAUGAGGUCACUGACCUGAUGCGCUUCGCCGAACAAGUGCCGCCCAAGAUCCGCCUGGCGCUUAUCGUUGGCCUAUGCGCCCUCGGCGUGGUCCUGCUGCUGCUGUCGACCUUCUGUCUUAUCCGCAACUCACACCGGCAGAGCACCCUGCACCUGGAGGGCUCCAAUUACCUGGCCACAGCACAGGUGGAUAUGAACAAGAAGCAGAACAAGGAUAACCAACCCGGCAGAUACUAGGCGCUCUAGUCGGAGUCUGGUCACAGUCCAAGGGUUUCCGGGUGUCUUAGUUUAGUUCAAGGCGUAGAUAGGAACUGGGUCUAGCUCAUCUCACUUCCUCUUUCCAAUCCCCAUUUGCAUGCCCAUUUCCAAGCCCAUGACCGAAGGGAAUGUACGUCUCUAUAGUUUAGAAGAAUUGGAGCUGGGAAGACUUGUAUGUAUGUAUUUGUAUGUGUAUCUUUAUCUAUUGUAUUGUAUGUAGGUUACCUAUGUAAGUAAGCGUUAUAAAAAUUUGUAUGUGUAAUCUAACGAAACAGUCGUGAUCACUAAAAGCCUCAAAGCUUCUACUUAGACAUUUAUUUGUUAUACCAAAUCAAAAACAUAUUCCAUACUUGCUUUAUAUUUCGCUGUUGAAAUUUAAUGUCCAGACAGUCAAGUCACAAAACUCGAAACGUUUCUCAAAUAAAACAAGUUCCGUCCUCGAAUACAAAUGUGCUUCAUUAGACAAAAUGCUGGACAAGCUCCGCAUAGAAAAUGUAUACUCAAUAAAUACAUAAUUCUAUCGACCGAAUUUACAAUUUAUAUGCAUAGAUGUGUACAAUAAACUACUUUAUUAUUUUUAAAAA